AAAACAAGACUUCCGGUCAAUGUUUCGUCUUGGUUUUUAUUCCACUUCAGUAUAUUUAUGAAGAACAAUUUCGACAAUAUCCCAAAUAACGUUAUUAAGUAUUCUAUAAAUGGGAAUAACAUAAAAUAAGGUAAAAAUCCAUUUCAUUCUUCUGCGGAAGAGCCCUUAUCAUAAUAAUAGGCUUAUCUUUUUGUUCAAUGGCGUCACGUGGUUAUGCUAAGGAUCAACUGCACGGUGACGGCGUAGUACAUGUAUUGACAGUGUAUUCACGGCGUAAUAAGUCUUCCGUGUGUGACACUAACGCCUCCACUGGCGAUGGCUUCAGUUACAGCUCACGUGCCUCACUAGGCACAUGACCCUACACACGGAUAAUGACUCACGUAUUACGAUACCAGUGGCGGUAUCAGUGUGCAGUUUACUACAUGGAAGUUCCCUCAUCUUCAACAUGACAGCAUAACAACAUUUAAGAUGAAGUUAAAUUUUUUUGAUUAUAUUCAGCACCAUCCGCUGUUACUUUUUAAUGACUACAAAGUUGAAAAUGACAUUGGUUCUUUGACCAUUAAUACUCAUCGCAGAUCACGUCCCAAACUUGAUCGUAAUAAAAUCCGUUUGGUGAUAUACGCUGACCAUGACAAAGGACGCACCCCCAUGUUUGACUCGGAUGCCAUUAGGAAGGUGGAUGAGGACUCUUUUGAACGGAGUCCCCAAAAGCCUGGUGGAGCAAAAAGUGCGACCAACUUGCGGCCACCGCUUGGUAAAUCCAAUCUGGACGGAAGCAGCUCAUCAUCACAGAAGACAUGUCCCAAAUACCAGUUUAAGAAACUGAGCAGUGAUAACCAGAUGCUAGAAGAAAUGAUGCUUGGCUCUGUCGGCAUGGCAUACAAAGGGUUAACUCUUAAAGUUCACUUCAUCAGAUCGCCACCACAGAUUAUGCUGAGUAAGAUUUUCUACCCAGAAAAGCCCAAACGAGAACCUUUAGAUUUGGACUCCGAUUCGUCCAGUGUUUCCAGUCAGCCGCUGGAUUUCUCCAUUCCUAAACACCUAUCUGUGGAAACUCAGGAGAACUGGGACACCGGAUAUGGAAAGAGCAUACCAGUUGCUGUCCCAACCCCAUCUAGCAGCUACAGUGAAUCCACGGAUGAUGAAAGUGGUCUCAAUUCAUUUACGUCUAGUGGCAGUUUCCAGACCCACUUCCCGUCUCCAAGUGGCAACAGUGUGAGCAGCUACAACAGCCUGCACCGGCGGUGGAUGAGGACGCAGACGACAUCGCUACAGAGUCGCAAGUGGAGCUCUCAGGAGCAGCUUCUUAGUCAAGAGAGUUCCUAUGCCCAGAAGCGUCGUAGCAAACUAGCUCUUGGAAUCCUGUUUGGUUAUGGUGAUGACUCGCACGAUCAGACCAAUGAGUUUUUCCAGAACUUCUUUUUCUCUCACAUCCCGCUACUGGAGGGUCACGUGGAGAAGCUACGAGCAGUUGUAGAGCGAGGGUUCUUCAACCGGCCUCGCUUUAUUCCUAUGGUCAUGGAGGCAUUGGAAUUGUUCCGAAACGAUGUCUAUGAUCUGUACACGGCUCCGCGACUCGCUGAGCCGGUCUGGCUCAACAUGAUGUCAUACAGCAAUCACCGGUACAUCUUCUGUGAAAAGUUUAUCAACGAAUUCAGGGUGCUCGCUGACAAGUUUGACAACAAAAGCACUAAAUUUUUUUUAAGCACUCUCAUCUCAGCUGUCUUAACGCAUCAUCUAGCCUGGGUUGCCACGGUAACACCAGCUGGAGGAAUUACGUCUAGAACGUAUUUAGAUAAACAUUCUGCUAAGUGGCUGGAUGCCCUUGCGAGAACCCAUCCAUAUAACCCUUUGUGGGCCCAGUUGGGAGAUUUAUACGGUGCUAUUGGAAACCCUCUCAAAAUUGCUCGGACUAUUGUGGUUGGCAAAAAGCAAGACAUUGUGAAACGCUUUCUCUACAUUCUCAGUUACUUCAUUAGGUGUAGUGACGUGCAUGAAAUACGAGACUCUGGAUCUCUGGAAACAUUCAUGAAUGAUCUGACGUUCAACGACGCGCCGUUACAAAGUGAAAAGUCUUCAGCAGUCACCACUCCCAUUGAACCUGGGGCUAAUUCAGGGGACAGGUUUUUCCCUUCAACGACUUCGCCAGUGUGUGGUGACAGGGACGUAUGUGAUGUUGGUGAGAGAAGUCGGUUGUACCAGACGGAACUGGGUGAUCGGUGUGGUAACCAAGUGGGAGAGAGGGUUGAGAGGACUGUGAACAGGUUGGGAGGAUGUAUAGAGAUGGUGAGUAUGAAAGACGAAGAGUGUAACUUAGAAGGUGCGUCGUCUUCUCAGUCGGAUAGAUCUGAAUUCAAAUGUCGGCUGUCUGCUCAAAGGAUUGUUGAGUGCGCAAAAGUUGAAAAUGUACAACAUGUUCGGAAGUCGGCAGAUUUAAUUACGAACAAAUCAUUGAGUGAAAAUGUGCAACUAAGUAGUCCAGAUAAAUCAUCUUCCGAUUCUGGUCAAAAUUCUUCGUUAAAGGGAACGUCAAUGUUGUCUAGGCAGUUGGAGACGGUGGAUGAUUCUGAUGUAAAGAUGAAAGUUAGUGAUGUGCGUAAAAUGUUUCUCUCAGAAGGCAGCAGCAGUAUGUUUGAGGAAUAUUUUGAGGAUGGGAUUGAAGCGAAAACAAUUGACGAUGUUGCGGAACACGAGAGAGUAAUAAGUCACCCGCUGGCGAGUCCUCAUGCUCUGAAGCCAUCCGACGAGAGUGGUGAUGGGGCACGCGAUGUCGGUUCAGCUAAAAUGGCAGCUACCUCACUGCAAAACAGUCCGUUGAAAAUAUCCAUUUCGAGGCAGAAUUCCAGACCAUCGUCUUUGGCUCCAGGAAGAUGCAGACCUGUGACACCGACAGAACUAGGAAAACGGCGACAUCUGUCGUCGGCGAGCAGUAUCGACAUGGACAUGCUUGAUCCUGUACUACACUGUCAGGAGAUCAUCAUGCCAGAGAUGACCAGUGAUGGUGCUGAAUGGAAUUCUAGUGUGAGGUCGUACGACCGGAACUUCGGGCGGUCUCUACUAGCGGAGUUUUCAGACCACUACAUGUCCAAUUUUGUCCUUCAUGGGACGUCCGAUGUCAACUUGUGGCCAAAACUGCUCAGUGAUCUUCAAAUGUCAUCUCAGUAUUCCGUUCUUGAUGAACCAAUUGCUGAAGCAGUUUGUGUGGUAGCAGACACCGAUACAUGGUCAGUUGAUGUGGCCAACAGCAAUCUGCUGGAGCGGUCGCCAUCAGGACGGAUGUCGUGGACAACAUCACAACUCGUCUGUAACCUGGUUGAAUCCGUGCUCGAUCUCUGCAAACUGAAGAUGAGUCCGGAGUUUUGCUUGAUGCAUCUUGAAGAUCGACUGCAGGAAAUCUACUUCAAAAGCAAGAUGGUGGCAGAAUAUCUGAAGACUUCCAAGGUGAAGAAUAUGAAAGACUUGACGUCAAUGCUGGGAUUUGAAGCCAGUGAUUUACCACUGCUGUUAGCAGUUGCAGGAACUCAUUCCCCAAGUCUAGAUCUGUAAAUUGAGAUGGGGAAAACCCUGGCUUCACAGUUAGCUAGAAGAGGUCAACCAUGUUGUGAUGAAUUUAAAUCUUAUAGUACAUUCUUCACUUGAACCUCUCGUCAGUGUGAUAAACCUACGGAAUGCGGUAUCCAUGCUGACUGCUCAGGAAUGCGGUAUCCAUGCUGACUGCUCAGGAAUGCGGUAUCCAUGCUGACUGCUCAGGAAUGCCGAAUUCAUGCUGACUACUCAGGAAUGCCGAAUUCAUGCCGACUACUCAUUAACACAGACAACAAACCAGGAGCUGUAUCACAUCUCUGAGCCUGGACCACUGGUUCUCGAUAAUCAGUCCGGUUGUAGUCCAUCUAUUUAACGUGGGUGGUUCUCGAUAAUCAGUCCGGCUGUAGUCCAUCUAUUUAACGUGGGUGGUUCUCGAUAAUCUGUCCGGCUGUAGUCCAUCUAUUUAACAUGGGUGGUUCUCGAUAAUCAGUCCGGCUGUAGUCCAUCUAUUUAACGUGGGUGGUUCUCAAUAAUCAGUCCAGCUGUAGUCCAUCUAUUUAACGUGGGUGGUUCUCAAUAAUCAGUCCACCUGUAGUCCAUAAUCAGUCCACCUGUAAUCCAUCUAUUUAACGUGGGUGGUUCUCGAUAAUCAGUCCACCUGUAGUCCAUCUAUUUAACGUGGGUGGUUCUCGAUAAUCAGUCCACCUGUAGUCCAUCUAUUUAACGUGGGUGGUUCUCGAUAAUCAGUCCGGCUGUAGUCCAUCUAUUUAAUGUGGGUGGUUCUCGAUAAUCAGUCCGGCUGUAGUCCAUCUAUUUAACGUGGGUGGUUCUCGAUAAUCAGUCCACCUGUAGUCCAUCUAUUUAACGUGGGUGGUUCUCGAUAAUCAGUCCACCUGUAGUCCAUCUAUUUAACGUGGGUGGUUCUCGAUAAUCAGUCCACCUGUAGUCCAUCUAUUUAAUGUGGGUGGUUCUCGAUAAUCAGUCUGGCUGUAGCCCAUCUAUAUAACGUGGGUGGUUCUCGAUAAUCAGUCCACCUGUAGCCCAUCUAUAUAACGUGGGUGGUUCUCGAUAAUCAGUCCACCUGUAGUCCAUCUAUAUAACGUGGGUGGUUCUCGAUAAUCAGUCCGGCUGUAGUCCAUCUAUUUAACGUGGGUGGUUCUCAAUAAUCAGUCCACCUGUAGUCCAUAAUCAGUCCACCUGUAGUCCAUCUAUUUAACGUGGGUGGUUCUCGAUAAUCAGUCCACCUGUAGUCCAUCUAUUUAACGUGGGUGGUUCUCGAUAAUCAGUCCACCUGUAGUCCAUCUAUUUAAUGUGGGUGGUUCUCGAUAAUCAGUCUGGCUGUAGCCCAUCUAUAUAACGUGGGUGGUUCUCGAUAAUCAGUCCACCUGUAGCCCAUCUAUAUAACGUGGGUGGUUCUCGAUAAUCAGUCCACCUGUAGUCCAUCUAUAUAACGUGGGUGGUUCUCGAUAAUCAGUCCGGCUGUAGUCCAUCUAUUUAACGUGGGUGGUUCUCGAUAAUCAGUCCACCUGUAGCCCAUCUAUAUAACGUGGGUGGUUCUCGAUAAUCAGUCCACCUGUAGCCCAUCUAUAUAACGUGGGUGGUUCUCGAUAAUCAGUCCACCUGUAGCCCAUCUAUAUAACGUGGGUGGUUCUCGAUAAUCAGUCCACCUGUAGUCCAUCUAUUUAACGUGGGUGGUUCUCGAUAAUCAGUCCACCUGUAGUCCAUCUAUUUAACGUGGGUGGUUCUCGAUAAUCAGUCCGGCUGUAGUCCAUAUAAUUAACAUGAAAAACUAGCAGAAAAUGACACAGGACAAUUGCCUGUUGCUGCUAUACAACAUGACCCUAAUCUGCUGUAUUGUACAAUAUGUGCAGAGUAGCCAAAUAGGAUCAUUAUUAAUUUAAGGUUCUUUAUUCAGACAAUGGGAGUUUUUUUUUUUCAUUAUCCUCAAGAAUAGUUUAAAAGUUUUUAACAUUAAAAUGGCUAUUUAAGUUAAUGUAUUUAUGACACCUCUGCUUGCACAAUUACUGUGUGCAUUGUCAAUGGCAAUGUGUGUUAAUUUCAGUGGAUAGUUAGGAAUUGACAUCAUACCAUGGUGCAAUAUCUUUAAAUCUGUCGCCAUAUGUAAGAUAUUGUCAUAUUGUAUUAUGAAGGUCACACACUGACCUCUCAAAUGGAUGUGUGAGAAUGUUUUAUCACCUUUAGCCAUAGCAACUAGUGUUGUAGGUUCCGUUUCAAUAUUUUACCCCUCUGCAAAAUGUUAGCCUAUACUUGGUGAGAAUGUUCUACCCAUAAUUCAGUUAUAGUAUUGUCCUUUAAUGACAUAACAUCAGUGUCACUACAUCAGUUUUUGAUGAAACUUAAACAUUCUACAGCAAGAUCUGAAAUGAUGUGUUAAAAACACAGAAAAUACAAGGUUAAAACAGAUUAACCAAUAUUAGCCAACAGCAGCUAUGAGACGUUACAUGGAUCACAGUGCCAACACUCGAGAAGAGGAUGGUAUUGUUCAUUGCUACAGCUGGCAUUUGUUGGUUGUAACAUCCCACUUCUGACACCAUAUCGUGUUAUGUUCAUUUGGGAUUAGGUUCCAAGUCCUUGCAGCAAUUAUAAACACAAUACAAUAGGAAGAAUCUGUUGGUAGUAACUUUCAUAAGUGCAUCCACCAUUACAGGCCUGGAGCGAGGCACCCUGGAUGUUCUCGACAAAAGCAAAUAAUGUUAGAUACUCUCUAACCUUAGACUCGAGGUGUCCUUACAGUCUCGAGGUGUAGUCCGUCAGCAAACACAAAGAAGAUGGAGCUUGGAACUAGUAGACAUUACCCCGAGGGGAGUGUGGUCUCAUUAAUGGUGUAAUAGGAAUACACGGCUUUGAGCUUUUGUUGGUUGGAAUUAACCAUGUAUAAAUUGUUGAUCUGUAGGUUUACUGAUAAUACCUAUGUAUAUUCAUCUUGGAAAGGUGGUGCUAAACUUUUAAUAUGGAUGUAUUUUAUUACAGUUGAUCAUUUUAACACAGAAACUGAAUGAACAUCAUUUAAGUAUUGUGCAAUCUUUGUGAAAUAUGCAAUAUGCCAGUAACAUUACUUUGUGAAAAGUUGCAAGACUAGUGUUUAUUUAUUGAUGGUCACCAAAACAUUCACUGUGCUUAUUUGUUUGCUAUUCAACUCAGGAAUUAAUAGAUGAAUAAAUUAUCUAAUUUCUUCACAUUACCAAAACAGUCAUUGUUAAAACACUUAAUAUGGAAAUACCAGUGAAUGUUAUCUACGCAAUAGGGCUUUAUUUAAAUGAAAUUUAGAAUAAACUCACUAAACUGCAGAUGGAGAUGGAUCAUUUUGCACAAAACUAUAGCAUUUGCAGUUCAGACGUUGCCAUAAUACAUACAUCACAGGGCUUUAAAGAUCUCUUUAUAUUAAUUGAAAAAUGUAGCGGGUUUCCUCUCCAAGACUACAUGUAUUUGUCAAGAUUACCAAAUGUUUGACAUCCAAUAGUCAAUGAUUAAUAAAUCAAUGUGAUUUAGUGGUGUCGUUAAACAAAACAAACUAAACUUAAGAAGCAGUUUGUUAGAUGUAUAUUUCAAGUUCAUUUCAUUUGUCAUUGUAUAAAUCCUAAACUAUAUAUUUUGUUUAUGUUGAACUGUUCACCAUUGUCAUACUGUAAAAAAACUACCAAGUGACAAGACUGUACACUUUGUGCGUUUGUGACAAGACUGUACACUUUGUUUGUCUCUUUUUGUGCUGCUUUAAUAUUGAUUAAUAAUAAUAUUAUUCAGCAGCUGAGUGUCCUAACUUGCCAAGUCUUUCAUAUGUUAAAUACAUUCGUAUUCAUACAGGGUUGGGUAUAGCACUUGGUGUACAGCUUUUCUUAUGAUGUCUUUCACGUCGGAUCCCACAGAAUCUUUUAUAUAUGUGUAUCUAUAUAUAAUGCCUUGUAAUUGCAUGUCUUGUGAUAAAUAAUACAUUUGAUGUCAUCCUCUAAUGUAUUGUUAAACAGAGUAAUGUUUUUUGUUAAAAUCACAAAACUAACCAACAACAGAACAAUAACACCAAGACAAUCAUGGGGAAAUGUGUUGAAAAAUUUAGAAAUGUCUUUUUGUUAAUCACAGACUAGCAACAGAACAUUAACACCAACACGAUCAAGGGAAGCAGUGGUUGUCAACCAUUUACUCUGUAUCACAGCUAUCACUUGUAUCGGAGAAUAAAUAUUUGUAGAAAUCAUUGCUUGAUGGAAUUAACAUUGCUCUAGAAUUUGUUUUCUGGUAAAUUUUCAAUGCUUGAAUAGACUUUUUGCUUGAAUCAGUUUUUAGAAAUUCAUUGUAGUUCUUUUUAAAAUAGUCUUAAUGGGCCGUUCACAAACAUCCACAUUUUUACGAGUGUACAAACCAUACGCUAAGCAACAUAUUUUGGGCCAAAAGUCUGACGAAGAUGAUCAGUAUAUAUUAAAAAAGAAGAAGAGAAAUGUGCCCUCUGACAGGGUGAGACCUACUCAGGAAGAACUGGCAUAUUACCACCUAACACCCAUAUCUAUUUUGUGAAGGACUUUUACAACUCUCCAUUUUAAAUUGCAGAAAUACUAUGCAAUUCUAUUGCCAAACUAAAAUUUGUGCAUUUCAUUUCUCAUCAAAAGUUUUAGUUGGCAAUAAAUGUUUUUAUAAAUUUACAAAUGUGUACUAUUCAGUUGCAAAACUAUUUCAGAUUAAAAUAUUGAUGAUACUACAAUUAGCUGCAAUGUAUUCUUUAUAGAAUGUAGCAACAGGGUUACAAAGAUUUGUUGAAAUGUUUAAUUUUGUGAUUGUAAAUCGGUUUUAAUAUAACUGUGACAUUACCUUGUAAUAAUGUUAACAUAAAUGUAUUUAUUAAUGAG